AUGGCUCCCACAGGCGAACCCGCGGGCGGCAGCGGCACGCCGUCGACACCCAGGGCAGCGACAACCACAAAUGGAAACACCACGCGAGAUUCCAUCGGUUCGAUCAUGCACGAGUUCGUGGACUCGUUCCCGAUCGAUAUGGAUUCGCGACAGUCCAUCUCGGACCUUGGCAAGGUGUUAUUUGCGGAUGGGAAGAAGGACAGCAGUGUAGCACCAUCGACACCGAAAGUGCCAUACCAAAUGCCCAAAGAAAUCAAAGGCAUUCCGCGUCAAAAGCAGCAGGACGUUAUGGGGAUUACCGCGUCUGGUCGCGUGGCGCUGCCCCAAGGCAGUGUCCGCAAACUGCUGCAGACGCAAGGUAAAGCCAUCCCAAUGCGGUGGACGACCGAGGAAGACGAAAUGCUGCGCCAGGCGGUGGACACCCACGGCGAACGCAAUUGGAAGUCCAUCGCCGAGAUCGUCCCGGGGCGCAACCACACGCAGUGUCUGCAGCGGUGGACCAAAGUGCUCGCGCCGGGCCUAAUCAAGGGCCACUGGCGACCCGACGAAGACGACGUGCUGCGUCAGUUGGUCGCCGAAGGUCGCAAGAAUUGGGGCCAAGUCGCGGCGCGGAUUCCUGGACGCACGUCCAAGCAAUGCCGCGAGCGCUGGUACAAUCAUUUGGACCCCAACAUCAUUCGAGGAGACUACUCCAUGGAAGAAGAUCAAAUCAUCAUCGAAGCCCAGCAGCGCAUUGGGAAUCGGUGGUCGGCCAUCGCCGCCAUGUUGCCAGGACGUACUGAAGACGCCGUGAAAAUCCGGUGGAAGUCGUUGUGCCGCACGAAAUCGGGCCGCAACCGCAAAGCCGCCCAGCAGGCGGAAAAGGACGGCAAAGUGUAUGACCAUCAUGUGAUGGGCCACCCCAACGGCGCUCCUUCGUACCACAUGACUCUACAAGGAGGAGGGUACCCGCAACAUCAACAGCAGCAAUCGCCGCACCACCAUGUCCUGGACGACCAGUACAAGCAACAUGGGCAGCAGUACCAUCAUCAUCAAACGAUGUCACAUACGCCACACGGGGGAAAUGAAGGGUAUCAUCAGCCCCCUCCAAGAGACGUGUUCCAGUCGGCGUAUCCCCAACAGCAUCAGCAGCAGUCGCAUCACCCACCCCAAAUGCAAAUGCAUCAGAUGGCCCCCCCCCACACUCCACCGAGCUUUCAGUCGUCGUCGUACAAUGCAUCCUUCCUCCAAAAGAUGAACGCUCCCCCGUCUUAUCUUCAACAACCCCCCCCCGAGUCAUUCAAUGCGUACUUUAACCACCACUCCCCCCACUCUGGAUAUGGCCGUCCAACGAACGGCGGUGCCACUCCAACGUCCACUGGUUACCAGCCCACCCCGUACCCGCCGCCGGCGCAGUCGACCCCCCUACCCCCCGACGCAAUGUUUCAUCCAAAUGCCCACAACCUCCAUCAACAGCAACAACAUCACCAGCAGCAGCAACCAUCUCCACUACCACCACCACCACCCUCGAUGAAGGCGGAACCGACGUCGUUUCACCUGCCCGACGAGAACGGCAGCAGCAGCACUACCCCCUCGAACGGUGUCGCAGCGUCGUUUGCGUCCCCGAGGCAUUCAUUGGUGUCGAGCUUUGUCCAGUCUCUCAACACGCCGCUACCGUCCAGCGAGUUUGCGGCGACUCAUCCCCGCCCGGCGGCCGCAGCGCUCAACUUUGCCGCGUCGUUCGCCCAAAGCCAGGCCCCCAAGGACAGACACCCGCCGGCCCCUUCUGCUAUCAAUGUGGCGGCGUCCUUUGCCAACAAUCGCGCCGCUUCUUCGACCCCUCGUUCGGACAAUGCAGCAGCAGACCCCGACCACAAGAGACCUCGACUGCCGGUCAAUAUGGACGCGGCCAGGGCCGCCGCCGCGCGCCGUAUGCGACAAGGUGACAAUCAUGCCGAUUUCAUGCCGCCCGCCGACGUCGCUCCCAUGGGCGGGGACAUUCCGCGCAUUUCCGUCUCGGAUAUCAACCUCAGCGAGCUCGGCCCCAUCGAGGAAAUGUGGAGAGUCUCGAGCGACAUGAACCGCUUGUCCUUGUAAAUAGUAGAAUGAAUACAGUGUACAUAUACAUGGAUGGCUAUAAGAUGAUAAUCAAAAAAAAGAUUUGUUGUUUGAAUA